ACCCCUAAAGAAAAUCAUAUGGAAACCACUCUUUCCCUUUCCUUAGGCCCUCUCCCCUGCUUUCCCCUGCAUCCUUCUCCCAUGAACACAUUUCGAGCCAGACCCACCAAUCUUCAUUUCAGUUUUAAUCAUUCUUCUCUCUCCCUUUCCACUUUUCGAGGAAAACGAAGGCGUUCCGGUGACCAUGUCUUCACCGGACCUAUACCGCAUGCACUUGACUGUAGAUCUUCAAUGGGUUCCAAGAAUGAACAGAGUACUGAUAAUCACAAGGCCAUAACAGGGGCACUAGGUGCCUCUGUAGUUUUGGCUUGUGCUAUCUUUGCUUGUGGCUGUACCAUGAAGUAUGAUGCAGCCAUUGCAAUAGGUCCGAGGAUUGUUUAUCAGAAAGCUCCAGCGGUGACGGAAGCAGUCCCGACGUUUCAGAAGAUGGCUCUCAAUUCGUUGUUGGAGGUAACCGUAGCCUUGGCUUCAAGUAAACUUGAGCCCGAGGUUGGAGCUUUCAAUCUGCUUCCUUUAAAUCCUUCAAAACAAGAUGUUGAUGUUAUGAAGAUGGACGCAGUGAAGAUGAUGAAAAAUGGGAAGGCAGAUGAAGCAGUUGAUUGUUUGCAGAAGGCAUACAUGAAAUAUAAGAACAAUCCUGAGCCUGCAUACAAUGUGGAGAUGGCAUUGGUAGAAAUUCUCAUCUCUCAGGGAAAAUACAAAGAAGCACUAGAACGCAAAUGCCUUCGUGAUGAACAAGGCCCAUUCUCAGAUUUUCGGCAGUCACUCUACAAGGCAAUUCUAUUUACCAUGUUGGAUAAAAAUCAGGAGGCAAAGACGUGUUGGCAAGCAUUCGGAGAAUCCCAUGGAGAAAUGAACCCUGCUUCCGGUUUUAAUUAUCCAAGUUAGGAUCGACUCACUGUUAUAUCUAUAGCCUUCACUUAUUAAAAUUUGCAUUUGUUUAUUUUGGACUAUGAAGACAUCCUGCCUCAAAUCCCCUCAACAAGUCAUUUUUAUCAUUGCCAAUAACAUUUGGCCUAGAUGUAGAUAAGAUAAAAAAAUAAAAAAUAAAAAAUUGUAUGCUUA